AUGUAUAAAACAUGUGGGAACGCGACAAAUUUAGCUGCACACUUGAAAACCAAGCGUCACUAUGCAUACUUGCAGUUCGUCAACAUGCAGCAGAAAAAAUCAUCUGAAUCAAAAAAUCUGAUAAUGAAAAUGAAAACGCGUCGACAGGCGAAGACUCCAGUGGCGAUGUACCCGUUUACAAGUAAUCAACAAAUACAAGAAGAUUCUUCCGAGAUCAAAUUCUUCAAUCAAGCCGUAAAAAGGAGAAAGCAAGUAAUACAACCCACUUUAGUAAACUAUUUAGAGAGAAGUAUAAGUUUUGAAGAAGCUGGACAAAAACAUAGUGAAGUGACACAGGCAUUGAUCUAUAUGAUAUGCAAGGACAAUUUGCCACUAUCAAGUGUAGAAAAAAACGGCUUGCAAAAAUUUGUUCGCACAAUUUGCCCUCUCUAUAAACUGCCGUCCAGAAAAAAGGUAACGCAUUUAAUACAAAACAUAUACAACACAACAAAGGAGAACUUGAACCUAUGUGCGCAGCAACUUUCUCAGGGUCACACGGGACAGUACAUCCAAGAAUGUUGGAAAAUAUGUGAAGAGUUCAAGAUUGACAAAACUAAAAUCGUGUCCAUCACUACUGAUGGCGGAGCAAAUAUAGUGUCAGCGGGACGAUUAUUUUUAGGUGAUGAUCACAUGAUUCCUUGCAUUGCUCACUGCUUAAACGUUUCAGUUGAUGGGGUACUCAGAGAAAUUAACGUAUUUUCAAUACUUUGCGAUUAG